AUGCUACUCUGUGGAUAUGCUGACUUUCUGCCAAUGUCUGAGAGCCCCCUAGUACCCUCAGUGUACACCUACCACGGUGUGGACCUGGACCAGCUGCUGGACACGUCCUACGAACAGCUGAUGCAGCUGUACACUGUGCACCAGUGGCUAUGGCUGAACCCGGACCUGCAGCGGAAGCAGGACUCGCUGCGGAAGCGCCUUUGCAAGGCCAGGAAGGAGGUGCCGCCCGUGGAGAAGCCAGAAGUGGUGAAGACGCAGACUCACCGGUGGGACAUGAUCAUCCUGACUGAGAUGGUGGGCAGCACGGUGGGCGUCUACAACGGCAAGACCUUCGACCAGGUGGAGAUCAAGCCGGAGGUGAUCGGUCACUACCUGGGCAAGUUCUCCAUCACCUGCAAGCCCGUGAACCAUGGUUGGCCCGGCAUUGGGGCCACCCACUCCUCCUGCUUCAUCCCUCUCAAGUAG